AUGUGGCAAGAAGCGAUGAUGAUGAGGAGGAGACGCCGCUACCUGCUGGAGCGCGCAGAGCAGGCGGGCGGCGGCGGCUGCGGGGCGAGCGGCGAGCAGUCCCGCUCCCGGGACUGGCUCUACGAGUCCUACUACUGCAUGAGCCAGCAGCACCCGCUCAUCGUCUUCCUGCUCCUCAUCGUGAUGGGCGCCUGCCUGGCCUUGCUCGCCGUCUUCUUCGCCUCCGGGCUGGAAAUUGAAGACCAUGUGGCAUUUUUAAUAACUGUUCCAACGGCCCUAGCAAUUUUUUUCGCUAUAUUUAUCCUUGUCUGCGUAGAACCUGUAUUUAAGAAGCUGCUUCGUCUAUUUUCUCUGGUGGUCUGGGUAUGUCUUGUUGCCAUGGGAUAUCUCUUUAUGUGUUUCGGAGGAAUCAUCUGUCCCUGGGACCAGGUAUCAUUUUUCUUGUUCAUUAUUUUUGUGGUGUAUACCAUGCUGCCCUUCAACAUGAGGGACGCUAUAGUUGCCAGCGUCUUGACCUCUGCAUCUCAUACGAUUGUGCUGAGCGUCUGUCUAUCAGGUACAGCUGUUGUAAAGGAACACUUGGUUUGGCAGAUAUUGGCAAAUGUAAUCAUUUUUAUCUGCGGAAACCUGGCAGGAGCAUACCACAAACACCUCAUGGAACUUGCACUGCAGCAGACAUAUCAGGACACGUGCAACUGCAUCAAAUCCCGUAUCAAGUUAGAAUUUGAGAAGAGGCAACAGGAGCGUCUUCUACUUUCUUUACUGCCUGCUCACAUUGCCAUGGAAAUGAAAGCAGAGAUCAUUCAGAGGUUACAAGGUCCCAAGGCAGGCCAGCUGGAAAACACCAACAACUUCCACAAUUUGUAUGUCAAAAGGCACACCAACGUAAGCAUCUUGUAUGCUGAUAUUGUGGGAUUCACUCGCCUGGCCAGUGACUGCUCGCCAGGGGAAUUGGUGCACAUGCUAAACGAGCUGUUUGGCAAGUUUGAUCAGAUUGCAAAGGAAAAUGAAUGUAUGAGAAUUAAAAUCCUGGGUGAUUGCUAUUACUGUGUUUCUGGACUACCUAUAUCUCUUCAAAAUCAUGCCAAGAAUUGUGUGAAAAUGGGACUGGACAUGUGUGAAGCCAUUAAGAAAGUGAGAGAUGCAACUGGGGUUGAUAUUAAUAUGCGCGUAGGAGUACACUCUGGGAAUGUGCUUUGUGGAGUUAUUGGGCUACAGAAGUGGCAGUACGAUGUGUGGUCACACGAUGUUACUCUGGCAAAUCACAUGGAAGCUGGAGGAAUCCCAGGCCGUGUUCACAUCACCUCAGUCACCUUGGCACAUUUGAAUGGAGCUUACAAAGUGGAAGAUGGGGAUGGAGAUGUGAGGGACCCAUAUCUGAAAGAGCAUAAUGUUAAGACUUACUUUGUAAUCAAUCCUAAGGGAGAGAAGCGAAGCCCUCAGCACCACAUUAGACCUCGACAUACUCUUGAUGGAGCCAAAAUGAGAGCUUCUGUUCGCAUGACCCGGUACCUGGAAUCUUGGGGAGCAGCCAAGCCAUUUGCACACUUGCACCACAGGGACAGCAUGACCACUGAAAACGGCAAGAUUAGCACAACAGAUGUUCCCAUGGGGCAAUAUCAUUUUCAGCGUUGCAGAGAGAGAACAAAAUCACAGAAAAGAAGGUUUGAGGAGGAACUGAAUGAGAGGAUGAUCCAGGCCAUUGAUGGAAUCAAUGCUCAAAAGCAGUGGCUUAAAUCUGAAGACAUUCAAAGAAUAUCACUUCUUUUCUAUAAUAAGACUCUGGAAAAAGAAUAUCGAGCAACUACUCUGCCUGCAUUUAAGUAUUAUGUGACUUGUGCCUGUCUCAUAUUCUUCUGCAUUUUUGUUGUGCAGAUUCUGGUAUUGCCAAAAACAUCUAUUCUUGGAAUUUCAUUUGGGGCUGCGUUUCUCUUGCUUUCCUUCAUUUUGUUUAUCUGCUUUGCUGGACAGCUUUUGCAAUGUAGCAAGAAAGCAUCAGCUUCAUUGUUGUGGAUCCUGAAAUCAUCUGGAAUAAUUGCAAAUCGUCCUUGGCCACGGAUCACUCUUACAUUGACAACCACUGCUAUAAUAUUAACUAUGGCUGUAUUCAACAUGUUUUUCCUGGAUAAUGCUGUGAAAGCUUUUCCCUCAGUUCUUAAUUCAUCAAAUGCAAGUUUUCCUAAUUCGAGUAAUCAGACACGGUGGUGUAUACAAAACAACUGUUUUUUCCUACCGUAUUUUAUAUACAGCUGCAUAUUAGGGCUUAUUUCCUGUUCUGUUUUCCUGAGGAUAAAUUAUGAGUUGAAAAUGGUGAUAAUGUUGAUUGCAUUGGCGGGCUACAAUGUUAUCCUUCUACACACUCAUGGGCCCAUGCUGGAUGACUACAGCAAAUUUAUGUAUGCAAUGGCACCUCUUAGAAGGCCAGGAAUACUGAAAGACCUGAAGACAAUGGGCUCAAUUUCUUUGUUUAUAUUCUUCAUCACAUUACUGGUUUUGGGUAGACAGAAUGAAUAUUACUGUAGGUUAGACUUCCUGUGGAAGAACAAGUUCAAAAAAGAGCGGGAAGAGAUUGAAACCAUGGAGAACCUAAAUCGGGUGCUUCUGGAGAAUGUGCUUCCAGCCCAUGUAGCUGAACACUUCUUGGCAAGAAACCUGAAGAAUGAGGAUUUAUAUCAUCAGUCAUAUGACUGCGUCUGUGUCAUGUUUGCCUCUGUUCCGGAUUUCAAGGAAUUUUACACAGAAUCUGAUGUUAAUAAGGAAGGCUUGGAAUGUCUCAGGCUGCUAAAUGAGAUCAUUGCUGACUUCGAUGAUUUAUUGUCUAAGCCAAAGUUCAGUGGAGUUGAAAAGAUAAAGACCAUUGGAAGCACUUACAUGGCAGCAACAGGAUUGAGUGCUACACCCAACCAAGAACAGUGUCAGGAACCUGAACGACAGUAUAUGCACAUAGGAACCAUGGUGGAGUUUGCAUUUGCCUUGGUGGCAAAACUGGAUGUCAUUAACAAGCAUUCAUUCAAUGACUUCAAGUUACGAGUAGGUAUCAACCAUGGACCUGUAAUAGCUGGAGUAAUUGGAGCUCAAAAACCACAAUAUGAUAUCUGGGGCAAUACAGUAAAUGUGGCCAGCAGGAUGGACAGCACUGGUGUCUUAGAUAAAAUACAGGUUACAGAGGAGACGAACAAUGUCCUGCAAACACUGGGGUACAUGAGCACUUGCAGAGGAAUAAUAAAUGUAAAAGGAAAAGGAGAACUGAAGACAUACUUUGUACAUACUGAAAUGACAAGAUCCCUUUCACAAGGGAACGUGGCAUCUUGAAGAAUGCUUGUAUGUGUCAUCAAUACCAUAUUUUCAGGAAAGUAUCACGCACUUUUUAACUACAUUUUGGCCCUUAACAUGCGUGCUAUUUUCUGGUAUGUGGCACUUAUUUUAAUAUGGCUGCAGAAUAGUCCCAUGAGCCAUCAUUUUGCACCUUGAUAUUCCUAUGUUCAAGGACAGUUGCGAAGUAUGCUAUAGGACUGGAAGAUUGUACUGCAACUUGCACUGUUAUUCAAAGACAAGAAAAGAAGGAAUAGGAAUUAAAAGGAGGUAACUCAUCCUGAAAGGACUAAAAAGAGAUGUUAGUGACAAAUGCGGGGAAAAAAGGCAAUAAAUCUAGGGGUGCAUACUAUUUUCUGAUGCAUGGUGUUUUCUGGAAAAUACAGUCGCUCCCCAAUAGCAUCUACUAAUCUGGUAUUAAAGUAUACAGUAUUUGUAAAUAAGUUUACUCUGUCCACACAUGAUUUGGAUGUGAUCACCAGUUGCAUCUCAUAGCCAGAGACACGUUGGGUGGCUUGCUGGCAUUCUUUCUGAAGAGAGAGCU